UCUCUUUAUAGCUCUUAGCUCCUUCUACUCACUAUAAAUACUUGCCCCCUUCAAAUCCCUUUCCACACACAAUCAAAAACAUAAAACAUUAUUCAAAGUUCAUUUAAAAUUUUAGCUAAAUGGGGCUCUCAAGAACUUUCUUGAUUUUAUCACUUGUCUUUAGUUCUUGCAUGGUUACUUAUGGUGGCAAUUUUUUUCAAGAAUUUGACUUAACAUGGGGUGGCAAUAGAGCCAAGAUUUUCAAUGGUGGCCAACUUUUAUCCCUGUCUUUGGACAAAGUUUCUGGCUCUGGUUUUCAAUCAAAAAAACAACAUCUAUUUGGAAGAAUUGAUAUGCAAAUCAAACUUGUUGCUGGAAACUCUGCUGGCACUGUUACUACAUACUACUUAUCUUCACAAGGGCCCACUCAUGAUGAAAUUGACUUUGAAUUUCUGGGAAAUGUUACUGGUGAACCUUAUAUUCUCCACACAAACAUCUAUGCCCAAGGCAAGGGAAACAAAGAGCAACAAUUCUACCUAUGGUUUGACCCUACUAAGAACUUCCACACCUACUCAAUCAUUUGGAAACCACAACACAUCAUAUUUUUGGUGGACAACACACCAAUAAGAGUUUACAAGAAUGCUGAAUCAAUUGGUGUACCAUUUCCCAAGAAUCAGCCAAUGAAAUUGUACUCGAGUCUUUGGAAUGCUGAUGAUUGGGCCACGAGAGGAGGCCUAGUAAAAACUGAUUGGGCCAAAGCCCCAUUUACAGCCUACUAUAGAAAUUAUAUGGCCCAAAGCUUUAGCCCAGCACAAUUUAAUGAUCAAAAAUGGCAAAAUCAAGAACUUGAUGCUGAUGGUAGAAGAAGACUUAGAUGGGUUCAAAAGAAUUUCAUGAUUUAUAAUUAUUGUACUGAUUUUAAGAGGUUUCCUCAAGGUUUUCCUCCAGAAUGUAGAAAGUUUUAAGUGGGAUAUGUAGUUGGUUUGUUUGUGAAAUUCUUUCAUGUGAUUGUGGUUUUAUAUGGAUAGAUUAUGGUCAACCAAAAAUAAUUUAAUGUAAUUUUUGUUUGUUUUGGUUUGUAUGUUAUGCGAAGCUAGUGGUUUAUCUUCUAUAUAUAAAAUAAUUUAUUUGAUA